GCAACACCGGAGGUUCGUUGAGUCAGGCGAUGCUUCGGUGCCUUUAACGAUGCAACGCGGAGCUUCCUCCGGGCCGGGUGGACCUGUAUUGUGACGCGGGUUGAGUGUUGCAACGUUCUAGAUUCUACAAUCUGAACAGGAGGAGGAGUGUUUGGUUCGUGGUGGCGGCUACGCUGGGGUUGUGAGAGCCCCGUCCCCUGCUUCCCCCUCUGCCAGCCCAGCAAACUUUCAGCCAUGCUGACCAAAGGAUGAAUUUAGGGGAUCACGACCUGCUGUCUGCGCGGGAGCAGUUAUUCCACGAGAGGGUCCGCGAGUGUAUUAUCUGCACCCUUCUUUUUGGCAGUCUCUACAUCCUGUGCUACUUCAUCUUAACCUACUUCAAAAGACACACAGACUUCACUACAGUUGAUGAAGAUGCUGCAGUCAAUCGGAUUGCGCUGUGGCUGUGCACCUUCACUCUGGCUGUGUCCCUGGGGGCAGUCCUUCUGCUGCCCUUCUCCAUCAUCGGCAACGAAGUCUUGCUUUCCUUCCCUCAAAAUUACUACAUCCAGUGGUUGAACGGCUCCCUCAUCCAUGGACUCUGGAAUCUUGUCUUCCUCUUCUCCAACCUCUCCCUCGUCUUCCUCAUGCCCUUUGCCUACUUCUUCACGGAGUCCGAAGGCUUUGCUGGAUCAAAGAAGGGGAUCAUGGCUCGGGUAUAUGAGACCUUUGUAGUCCUGCUGUUGCUAACCCUGUUGGUGCUGGGAAUGGUCUGGGUCGCCUCUGCUAUUUUGGACCAGGAUGGGGCGAGCAGGGAAAGCCUCUAUGAUCUCUGGGAAUACUACCUUCCCUACCUCUACUCCUGCAUCUCCUUGUUUGGUGUCCUCCUGCUCCUGUUGUGUACACCCUUCGGUCUGUCACGGAUGUUCACUGUCACAGGGACACUGUUGGUCAAGCCCAGGCUCCUGGAGGAUUUAGAUGAGCAACUGAGCUGCACGGGAUUUGAGGAAGCUGCCAUUUCUCGCAAGAUCAACUCUGGGAAAACCUCCUGCUGGCUCAAUUUUGAUAUGGAAAUGUUGAGACAACAAUACCUAGCCAUUCAUGCACACAGGAUAACACUGGAAACCCGCCGCAAAGCUUCCGGUUGGCAAAGGAACCUGGGCUAUCCAUUGGCUAUGCUGUCUCUGCUAUCAUUGACGGGCAUCUCUGUUCUGGUUGUUUGCUUCCAUGUUCUGGAGCUGCUGUUGGAUGAUGCUGCAAUGCCUCGAGGAAUCCAGGAUGCACCACUUGGAAAAGUUUCUUUCUCUGUCUUUGGCUCUUUUGGAGCAGCCAUGCAGGUCAUUCUGAUAUUUUAUUUAAUGAUCUCCUCUGUUGUGGGAUUCUAUAGCUCCCCAUUUUUCAUUAAACUGCUGCCUGAACAACACAACACAGCCAUGACUAAGAUCAUUGGGAACUGUGUCUCCCUCUUGGUGUUGAGUUCUGCACUCCCUGUGUUGUCUCGUACGUUGGGGAUUACAAGAUUUGACUUGCUAGGAGACUUCGGGAGAUUUAACUGGCUGGGAAACUUCUACAUUGUUUUCCUCUAUAAUAUGCUCUUUGCCGGACUCACAACUCUUUGCUUGGUGAAGAAGUUCACCUGGGCUGUGCAGGCAGAACUCAUCAGGGCAGUUGGCCUCCACAAGCUGCCUCUGCCUGUGACCCGGUCUUACCAACUGAACAAGCUCAGCUAAAAUACGAGUUGUGCCUGGAUUGAGCUUGGCAUUGACUGUGGAUAGACCUUUCUGACUUUGUGCUCGUGUUCUGAGCCAAUCAGUGAAGGGUGAGGAGGUCAGGAAGUUCCUUGUUCUGAUUCUUGUUUUGACUGACAUCCUGACAGGACUGUGAAAUGAAGAAGCCGCGUCCUUCAGUCGCAUGGCCUCUUGUUCCUGCCUCACGGAAGCCUGAGAAAGGACAGGUUUCAAUACAAAAAAAGGCCUUUGAGACUUUUAUUAAGGUGCUUUUCUGGCAAGAGCAAGAGAACGUGCAGUUCGUUAAAAAGAAAAAACAAUCAAAGGCAUCAGAAGUAGGUUAUGAAGAGGACAAAGGACUGAGACCAAUAAAUAAAAUGAGCUGCUGGACUAAUUUCUAGGGGGCAAGAUGAAGUUUCAGCCUGCUGGAGAUGGAGCUUGUGUCCCUCAUCAUGUUAAGAGAUGCUGCCGUUCUCUGU